AUGCCAGUAACAGACCCGAUAGCGGAUAUGCUGACCCGUAUCCGAAACGCGAUUAUGGUUGGGCAUGACUCGGUGCCCAUACCGAUGUCCAAGAUGAAAGAAUCGCUUGCCGAAAUUCUGAAGAAUGAGGGUUUCAUAGAAGGGUACAGCGUACAUCGGCGCGGCACGCCGGAGGCGAAUAUCCGCAUAUACCUCCACUACCGCGACAGGGACGAGCCUGCUAUCAGCGGUUUGAAGCGCGUCAGCAAGCCCGGAUUGCGCGUGUAUGUAAAGAAGGGCGAGAUUCCUCGCCCAUACGGAGGUCUGGGUGUUGCGAUCCUGUCCACUUCCAAAGGCGUAAUGACGGGACGGCAAGCAUGGCGAGAUAACAUGGGCGGAGAGCUUCUCUGCUAUGUGUGGUAA